UUUUCCAUUCUCUGGCUUAGGGUUUUCAUACAACAAGCCCUUUAUUUGGUUAAUCUUUGUCGCUAUUGAUUACACUAAAUCUCACUGUACACACACACAAACGUGAAAAUCCAUCAUAUCUAGGGUUUGGAAUUGUGGAGCUGAUUCAAUUGAACAAAGAUUCGAUCUACAUAUCAAUCGAAUGGUAGGGAUUAUUGCGUCGAUGACAGGGUAAUUGGCGCUCGGUGGCGAGCGAGUUGACAGAUAGAGGGGUGGGUGGGUUUUUGUAUGGAAACUCGUAGUCGGAAACGGGCGGAGGCUUCCUCAGCUGCCCCUUCAUCUUCUUCGUCGGGUCCCACCACCCGUUCCAGCAAGCGCGCCCGUCUCUCCUCUUCUUCUUCUUCCGCCGCCACCGCCACCACCACCACCGCUCCUCUUCGUUCUGUCAACACUCGUUCCCGCGCAUCUAAGACUAAGGAAAAGCAGAAGCAGAAGCAAAAGGAAAAGGAACCUUUGCUGCCUAAAAACCCUCCUCCUAUGGACACCACCAACGAAUCUUCCGGUUCGCGCCGGGAUCGCCGCGGAGGCAGGAAUUGGGACAGGGACAAUUCUGACAAGGGGAAGGAGAAGGAACAUGAUGUUAGGAUUAGGGAUAGGGAUAGGGAUAGGGAUAGGGAUGCAAUUGCUGAGAGGGGGAUGGCUGAGAGCGGUGGUGUUGGAGAUGACGGUGACGAUGACAGUGAGGGUGGCGUGGGGAUUUUGCAUCAGAAUUUGACUUCUGCGAGUAGUGCACUUCAAGGUCUUCUUCGGAAACUUGGUGCGGGUUUGGAUGAUCUGCUUCCGUCUUCUGCAAUGGGUUCUACGUCGUCGUCUCAUCAGAGUGGGAGGCUGAAGAAAAUAUUGUUUGGGUUGCGGGCUGAUGGGGAAGAAGGGAGGCAGGUUGAGGCAUUGACGCAGCUUUGUGAAAUGCUUUCCAUUGGGACCGAAGAAUCCCUUAGUACUUUCUCGGUUGAUUCGUUUGUUCCCGUGCUCGUUGGGUUGCUCAAUCACGAGAGCAAUCCUGAUAUCAUGCUUCUUGCAGCCAGGGCGCUAACCCAUCUCUGUGACGUGCUCCCUUCAUCUUGUGCUGCUGUUGUGCAUUAUGGGGCAGUGUCAAUCUUCUGCGCCAGGUUGCUCACCAUAGAGUAUAUGGACUUGGCGGAGCAGUCCCUUCAAGCUCUAAAGAAGAUAUCUCAGGAGCACCCAACUGCCUGCCUACGAGCUGGUGCUCUUAUGGCAGUGCUGUCUUAUUUGGAUUUCUUCUCAACAGGAGUUCAGCGGGUUGCAUUGUCUACUGCUGCAAAUAUGUGCAAGAAGCUUCCUUCAGAUGCAGCUGACUUUGUGAUGGAAGCUGUUCCUCUCCUGACAAACCUCCUUCAGUACCAUGAUUCCAAGGUCCUGGAGCAUGCUUCUGUUUGUUUGACUCGAAUAGCUGAAGCAUUUGCAUUGUCUCCAGACAAAUUAGAUGAAUUGUGCAAUCAUGGACUGGUUACACAAGCAGCUUCCCUCAUUUCUAACAGCAGUUCUGGAGGUGGACAGGCUUCUCUCAGCACGCCAACGUAUACUGGUUUAAUCCGACUUCUUUCUACUUGUGCAAGUGGGUCCCCUCUUGGAGCUAAAACUUUACUUCUCCUUGGAAUUAGUGGCAUUCUUAAAGAUAUUCUAUCUGGUUCUGGAGCUUCUUCUAAUAGCUCUGUAUCUCCUGCAUUGAGUAGGCCACCAGAGCAGAUAUUUGAGAUUGUGAAUCUGGCAAAUGAGCUUCUGCCCCCAUUGCCGCAAGGAACAAUUUCCCUUCCAGUCAGCUCCAACUUGUUUGUGAAAGGGCCUGUCAUAAAAAAGACGCUUGGUGGUAGUUCUGGGAAACAAGAAGACACAAAUGGAAAUAUUCCUGAGAUAUCGGCUCGUGAGAAACUAUUAAAUGAGCAGCCUGAGCUACUUAAGCAAUUUAAGAUGGAUCUCCUCCCAGUUUUAAUACAGGUUUAUGGUUCUAGUGUCAAUGGUCCUGUUCGGCACAAAUGCCUUUCUGUCAUUGGAAAACUAAUGUAUUUCAGCACUGCAGAGAUGAUCCAGUCUUUGUUGAGCGUAACAAAUAUAUCAAGUUUCUUAGCUGGCGUCUUAGCAUGGAAAGAUCCACAUGUUUUGAUUCCUGCCUUGCAAAUUGCUGAAAUUCUUAUGGAAAAACUUCCUGGGACAUUCUCUAAGAUGUUUAUCAGAGAAGGUGUUGUCCAUGCGGUGGACCAACUUAUUUUAGCUGGAAAUUCAACCAAUGUCUCUACUCAAGCAUCUUCCACUGAGAAGGAUAAUGAUUCUGUAUCUGGAGCAUCAUCUCGUUCCAGGCGUUAUAGGCGACGCAGUGGUAAUUCUAAUCCUGAUGGAAAUUCUUUGGAUGAUUUGAAGAGCCCAGUUUCGGUAAAUGUUGGUUCACCUCCAAGUUCUGUGGAUAUUCCAACAGUAAAUUCUAGUAUCCGGUUAUCUGUUAGUGCAGCUGCUAGAACUUUUAAAGAUAAGUACUUCCCUUCAGAUCCUGGGGCUGUUGAAGUUGGAGUUACCGAUGAUCUUUUGCAUCUGAAAAAUCUUUGCAUGAAGUUAAAUGCUGGUGUUGAUGACCAAAGGACUAAUGGGAAGGGGAAAUCUAAAACUUCUGGAUUUGGUUUGGUAGAGAACUCUGCUAAUAAGGAAGAGUAUUUGAUUGGGGUGAUAUCUGACAUGCUAGAGGAACUUGGCAAAGGAGAUGGUGUAUCUACUUUUGAAUUUAUUGGUAGUGGUGUUGUUGCAGCUUUGCUGAAUUAUUUUUCUUGUGGGUAUUUCUCUAAAGAUCGAACAUCAGAAACCCACCUGCCCAAUGUUCACCAACAAGCACUUAAAAGGUUUAAGUCUUUUAUAGCUGUUGCGCUACCGUCCAGUACUGACAUUGGGGCUGUGGCUCCUAUGACUGUCUUGGUCCAGAAGCUUCAAAAUGCUUUGUCCUCCUUGGAGCGUUUCCCUGUUGUGCUGAGUCAUUCAUCUAGGUCAUCUAGUGGAAGUGGACGCCUCUCCUCUGGACUAAGUGCAUUAUCUCAGCCCUUCAAGUUGCGUCUCUGUCGAGUCCAGGGCGAAAAGUCCCUUAGGGAUUAUUCUUCCAAUGUUGUAUUGAUUGAUCCUUUAGCAAGUUUAGCAGCCAUUGAAGAAUUUCUUUGGCCUCGUAUCCAGCGAAGUGAAUCUGGUCAGAAGUCCACUGUACCCGCUGGGAAUUCUGAAUCUGGGACAACUCCUGCAGGAGCUGGUGUUUCAUCUCCUUCCCCUUCUACUCCUUCCACUACUCGCCGCCAUUCUACUAGAUCCAGAUCAUCUGUUAAUAUAUGUGAUACGCCCAGAAAAGAAAUAACUCAAGAUAAAAGCAUGAGCUCAUCUAAGGGUAAGGGAAAAGCUGUAUUAAAGCCUGCACAAGAGGAGGCAAGAGGACCUCAAACCAGGAAUGCUGCACGCAGAAGAGCAGCUCUCGGUAAAGAUACUCAAAUGAAACCUGUAAAUGGUGACUCUACUUCUGAGGAUGAAGAUUUGGAUAUAUCUCCUGUUGAGAUCGAUGAGGCAUUGGUGAUUGAAGAUGAUGAUAUUUCUGAUGAUGAAGAUGAUGACCAUGAAGAUGUGCUUAGGGAUGAUUCUCUUCCCGUUGGCUUGCCUGACAAAGUACAUGAUGUGAAAUUGGGUGACUCAGUUGAGGAGGGUACUGUUGCUCCUGCUAUAAGUGAUGGUCAGACUAAUGCAGCCUCAGGUUCUAGCAGCAAAGUUGGUGCAGUCAGGGGAUCAGACUUGGCUGAUCUUAGGAGUGGCUAUUCUUCUAGCUCAACGGGUGCAAUGUCAUUUGCUGCUGCUGCCAUGGCUGGACUUGGAUCUGCUAAUAGCAGAGGUAUCAGGGGCGGCAGAGAUCGGCAAGGACGUCCAUUGUUUUGUAAUUCUAAUGAUCCUCCGAAGUUGAUCUUUACUGCUGGUGGGAAGCAGCUUAAUAGACAUUUGACUAUAUAUCAGGCAAUUCAAAGACAGCUUGUGCUAGAUGAAGAUGAUGAUGAGAGAUUUGCUGGUAGCGAAUAUGUAUCCAGUGAUGGAAGCAGGCUGUGGGGUGAUAUUUACACUAUAACUUAUCAGAGGGCAGAGAACCAAACAGAUAAGGCUUCUACUGUAGGUUCAAGUUCAAAUGCUUCAAAAUCUGGCAAAUCUGGGUCUGUACCAAAUUCCAUUUCUGAAGCCAAGCUGCAUCAAACAUCUGUACUAGAUAGUAUCUUACUGGGAGAAUUGCCCUGUGAGCUGGAAAAAUCUAAUCCUACAUACAAUAUAUUGGCACUAUUGCGUGUGCUAGAGGGUUUGAACCAGCUUGCACCUCGAUUGAGGGCCCAGGUGGUUACUGAUAGCUUUGCUGGGGGAAAUUUUUUGGAUUUAGAUGAGCUAGCCGUUGCAACUGGUGCUAGGGUUCCGCCAGAGGAAUUUAUAAGCAGCAAGCUUACUCCAAAAUUAGCUAGGCAAAUACAAGAUGCCCUUGCCCUAUGCAGUGGGAGUCUUCCCUCGUGGUGUUACCAGUUAACCAAAGCAUGCCCUUUUUUGUUUCCUUUUGAGAUCCGGCGACAGUAUUUUUAUUCAACUGCUUUUGGGUUAUCUCGUGCACUGUAUCGACUUCAGCAACAGCAGGGUGCUGAUGGUCAUGGAUCAACAAAUGAAAGGGAGGUUAGGGUUGGGAGGUUGCAGCGUCAAAAGGUUCGUGUCUCUCGAAACCGUGUUCUGGAUUCUGCUGCUAAAGUGAUGGAGAUGUAUUCUAGCCAAAAGGCUGUACUUGAAGUAGAAUAUUUUGGUGAAGUUGGUACUGGCUUGGGUCCCACCCUUGAGUUCUAUACACUUCUAAGUCAUGAUUUACAAAAAGUUGUACUUCAAAUGUGGAGAUCAGGUUCUUCAGAGAAUUAUCGAAUGGAAAUUGAUGAAGAUGAAAAGAAAACGAAAAGCAGUGAAGGUUUUUUUGCUGGAGAUGGAGAACUUGUUCAAACUCCUCUUGGGUUGUUUCCUCGGCCUUGGCCUGCAAAUGCUGAUGCAUCAGAGGGUAGCCAGUUUUUUAAAGUGAUUGAAUAUUUCCGGCUGGUAGGCCGUGUAGUGGCUAAAGCUCUUCAAGAUGGACGCCUAUUGGAUUUACCAUUGUCAGUGGCAUUUUAUAAGCUUGUUUUGGGUCAAGAGCUUGAUUUGCAUGACAUUCUUUUCAUUGAUGCUGAGCUUGGGAAAACUUUGGAAGAGUUGAAUGCUCUUGUUUGCCGGAAACAUUAUAUAGAAUCUAUUGGCAGUGGCUGUACUGAUAGCAUUGCUAACUUACAUUUUCGAGGGGCCCCAAUUGAAGAUCUCUUCUUAGAUUUUACACUUCCUGGUUAUCCAGAGUACAUCUUGAAACCAGGAGAUGAGAUUGUUGACAUCAAUAAUCUGGAGGAGUACGUAUCCAUGGUGGUUGAUGCAACUGUCAAGACUGGAAUCACCCGUCAGAUGGAUGCAUUUAGAGCUGGGUUCAAUCAGGUUUUUGACAUCUCAUCUUUACAAAUUUUCUCUCCCCAAGAACUGGACUAUUUGCUUUGCGGCCGUAGAGAAUUGUGGAAGGCUGAGACACUAGCUGAUCAUAUAAAAUUUGACCAUGGGUAUACUGCCAAGAGCCCUGCCAUAGUUAAUUUACUUGAAAUUAUGGGAGAGUUCACACCGGAGCAGCAGCGUGCCUUUUGUCAGUUUGUUACUGGUGCACCUAGGCUGCCACCUGGUGGACUGGCUGUUCUAAAUCCAAAACUAACUAUUGUGAGGAAGCUCUCGUCAACUGCAGCUAAUGCUUCAUCUAAUGGCAACGGGCCUUCAGAAUCAGCAGAUGAUGACUUGCCAAGUGUGAUGACGUGUGCUAAUUACCUGAAGCUUCCUCCUUAUUCUACCAAGGAAAUCAUGUACAAGAAGCUACUCUAUGCAAUCAGUGAAGGCCAGGGUUCCUUUGAUUUAUCAUGAGUUUCUGGAGCUAACCAACCUGACCCUGUAUGUUAAUAUGAUGAAUCAGGGUUUACUUUCGAGGCUUAAUUAUUUUUUGGUUGCAUGUACUUUUCUACUUGCUUCUCAAAUAAUGACAUCAUUGGGGCGCUCAUCAACGGUUGUGGCAUAAUUCAGUUGAAUCGAAUCGCCACAUUUUCAAGGUGUAAAGGGAUUUGCGGAGCUCGUUUUAGCUGUUAGAACGUGUAAAUAAAAUAGGAAUGUUGAGUUAUUUUUCUACCCUAAAUUUUUUAUCAUUCUGUUUUCAAGUCAAAUUAUUGGCAGUUAGUUAUUAUUAUACAUGGAUGGAAGAUGGUAAAGUGAUAGAAAUAAUUUGAAAUACUAUGCUUUAUGAUUUCAUUAUUUCCUGUUAAGUUCUCCAGUCAAGUGGAGCUUCAUUGUGGUAAAUUUUUAUAGAUGAUUCUAUUCAGUUCGCCAUUGCUGUCC